AUGAAAGUGGCAAAUCCCCCGAUUGACGCUCCGGAAACGAUUUGGGAGUUUGCGCUCUAUGGUGAGAUUCCAGCAGUCCAAGAUUUGCUCAAAACCAACGGAGACAUCAAUUCCGUCAACGACCACGACAAUUCUCUCCUCCACGCCGCAGUCCUAAACAAGAAAAUCGACCGUCUCAAGCUAGUCAAGUUCCUGGUAGAAAACAAAUCCGAUGUCAAUCUUGUCAAUCGAAGCCGAAGAACCACAAUAUGUGAAGCCGCCCUUGAAGGACACAUAGAAUUUCCGGAAACCACCACCGCAUCGUCGACCACUUGGCAAAAAACGGUGCCGAUCCGCACUCAAGGAAAUCUGGAAAUUGUCAAAAUUCUGCUUGACAAUAACUGUGGCGUCAACGUCAAAAAUCGAGUUGGUGAUGGACGUAUCCAUAACGCCGCUUUCAAGGGACAUAUUGCCGUUGUCGAACACCUGGCAGACGGCAAUAUCCGCAGGAGUAAUGACAAUGGGUUAACGCCACUCCACCUGGUGGCCCAAAACGGUCAUUUAGAUGUCGUUAGGUUUUUCGUAGCGAAAAAUGUCAACAUUGACGUUCUUAGUCAAGAUCUAGUGUCACCGGUGUUCCUAGCUGCCCAAAACGGUCACUUCGAAGUUGUCAAGUUCUUGGUAGAACGAGGGGCGAGCGUUGACACAGCCGAUGAUCAAGGAGACACACCUGUCAUUGCGGCAGCAUCCGAGGAACACUUCGGCAUUGUCAAGUACCUGGUUGAGAAAAAUGUCGAUGUAAAUAGUGUCAAUAAACGCGGCUUGACAACGCUGGCGCACGUGGUUGCGAGAAACAACAUAUCGAUGACGAAAUUCUUGAUGGAAAAAGGCGCCCUUGUCAACGAAAUCGUCAUAGAGGUGUCCAUACUAAAUAAAAACGUCGAAUUAGUUAAAUUGAUAUUGACAACUCGAAACCAAACGUGGGGCAUCUUUUGUUUCAGGUUCGACCCCAAUUCACGUAACGAAAACGGGCUUUCACCACUCCAUGUAGCAUCAACCUCAGGCUGUUUACUCCUUGUUGAGUUCCUAAUCAAAAAUGGUGCCGAUUUUAACUCGACGACACCAGAGGGUGUUACAGCAUUGCAUAGAGCUUCGACCAACGGCCAUCUAGAUGUUGUCAAAGCUUUGGUGACAAAUGGCGCUGAAUGUACCUGACCUCAAUAGAGUGACACCUCUGUACAUGGCUACAGGUGUAAAAAAAAGAUAGUAGUGCUGUUGUUAAGUACCUAGUUGAGAAAAAAGCAAGACUAGACACUGUGGAUACCCGUUAUGAGUAUACUCCACUAAUGGCAGCUUUAAUGACUGGAAAUGUGCAAAGUGCUAAAGUUUUGAUUGAGAGUGGUGCAGAUGUCAAGGUUCUAGAUCUUGCAGGAAAUAAUCUUCUGCAUUUUGCGAUAGCAAUACGCGAAUUUGAUUUGAUGAAGGUUCUUGUCCAGAGAGAAGUUGAUGGGUUGGGGGCCAACCAGAGCGGACAGACGCCGUUGUGGAUUGCAGAUCAGACGAAACAGGAUGUAGUAGUUAAUUUUAUUAAAGAACAUCAUGCAAAUGGGUGUUGCUGUGUACUUAGUUGAAUAA